GCCCCGCGCGCCCUAGCGUUCCGGUUGCCCGGGAGACGCUGCGGCGGUUCCGCUGGCUCCGAAGUCGCUGGGUACACGGCCGCCUCCUCCGAGCGACACGCGCGGGAGCUGGGGCUGGGGCUGUUCGGCGCUGCUCGAAGCUGCGUCACCGUCGCCCUGUGCAGCAUUGUACUGCAAGUCAAUCGAUACAAUAAUAAUUUAAGUCACUUCAGCUAUAAUGGCAAAGUAUGAAAAAUUAGCUAAGAUUGGAGAAGGGUCUUAUGGGGUUGUAUUCAAAUGCAGAAACAAAACCUCUGGACAAGUAGUAGCUAUUAAAAAAUUUGUGGAAUCUGAAGAUGAUCCUGUUGUUAAGAAAAUAGCACUAAGAGAAAUACGUAUGUUGAAGCAAUUAAAACAUCCAAAUCUUGUGAACCUCAUCGAGGUGUUCAGGAGAAAAAGGAAAAUGCAUUUAGUUUUUGAAUACUGUGAUCAUACACUUUUAAAUGAGCUGGAAAGAAACCCAAAUGGAGUUGCUGAUGGAGUGAUCAAAAGCGUAUUAUGGCAAACACUUCAAGCUCUUAAUUUCUGUCAUAUACAUAACUGUAUUCACAGAGAUAUAAAACCUGAAAAUAUUCUAAUAACUAAGCAAGGAAUAAUCAAGAUUUGUGACUUUGGGUUUGCACGAAUUCUGAUUCCAGGAGAUGCCUACACCGAUUAUGUAGCUACGAGAUGGUACCGAGCUCCUGAACUUCUUGUGGGAGAUACUCAGUAUGGUUCUUCAGUCGAUAUAUGGGCUAUUGGUUGUGUUUCUGCAGAGCUCCUGACAGGCCAGCCACUGUGGCCUGGAAAAUCAGAUGUGGACCAACUUUAUCUGAUAAUCAGAACACUAGGAAAAUUAAUCCCAAGACAUCAAUCAAUCUUUAAAAGUAACCGGUUUUUCCAUGGCAUCAGUAUACCUGAGCCAGAAGACAUGGAAACUCUUGAGGAAAAGUUCUCAGAUGUUCAUCCUGUGGCUCUGAACUUCAUGAAGGGGUGUCUGAAGAUGAAUCCAGAUGACAGAUUAACCUGUUCCCAACUCCUGGAGAGCUCCUACUUUGAUUCUUUUCAAGAGGUCCAAAUUAAAAGAAAAGCAUGUAAUGAAGGAAGAAACAGAAGACGCCAACAGAAUCAACUGUUGCCUCUCCUACCAGGAAGCCACAUCUCCCCCACACCUGAUGGAAGAAAACAAGUCCUCCAGUUAAAAUUUGAUCAUCUUCCAAACAUUUAGGAAAAUGUUCUUUCAAGUGCAAAGUAAUUUAAUAUGUACACAUUUUGAACAAGUGAGAUAGGAAUUCUCAGUGUUUCAAAUGCAAAUGAGCCAUAUGAAAAUUAAGAUGCCUUCUAGAAUUGUUUUGCUCUGAUCAUUGCUGAUUCUUUUCCCCGUGCUUUUACAUGCCAACUUUAUCUUUUAGAAUAUUUUCUUUAAAUGUUAUAAAGCCUAAAACUGCACAUAUGGAAGAGACAUUUUCAAUUUCAUCAGAGCAGCCCCUCCCGAGGCUAUCUAUAUGGAGAAUUUGUGAGCUUAUACUUUGAUUUAUGAAAAAGAUUUACAUGUGUCAUCUUGCUUUAGCUGACCACAUAAUUUCUUAAAGCAAUAUCAAAUAGCCUGCCUCACUGUUUGUGUAAGAAAUGACAUAUGUUCCUGCAUUGUAAUUCAUACUUAUUGUAACCAGGUCUAUUGAGUAAUGCUGGUAUCUUAUUCUGUGUUUUUAUAUUGGUGUAGAAAAGGAACCUUGAAAGGUCAUUCAGGUUUAUCUCUAGAUUCCACGGCAGGCUCUCCUUUGUCUGUCUCAUGAGGCAUUGAUGAUUCUAUUUUUAAAGCUAGCUAGAGAAAAUUACAUACAAAUUCCAAUACAUAGCAAACAGUGGACCAAUGACAAGGAAUUGCCAUCCUCAUCAGUAACGCCCUCGGAUAAUUGACUGCUGUCCUUUGCGAUAUCACCAUUCCUUAUCCUUUUCUCCUCCUGAUUAAGUCAUCUCAUGACCCAAGCCGAUCCUCCUGGGUGUGUUGUCUGAAUAGCUCAUGGCCAGUACUCUCUUGCAAACAUUUGCAUCCAUGGCCUCUGUGAAAUUGUACAGCCCAAAACUAGUGAGUGCAUCUUAAUCAGGUUGGUUUGUAAACACAAGAGCAGGAAGAUUAUCUUUCAGUUAAUAUUAUUUCAUAUCUCUUACAAAACAACAAAGCAAAGCAAACCCCUCAAUAACUGAGCUGAAUUUACUUUGGGAUAUUUUCCCAACCAAACUUGACAUACAUAUGUAUAUACGUAUAUAUUUUUUUUCCCAACUAAACUUGACAUACAUACGUAUAUACACAUAUGUAUAAACAUGUAUUUGUAAAUAUAUACUUAAAAUUAUAAAUUUUGCAGCACCAUAUUAGGUGCCUUUUAUCCUGGACAUCAAAAAUGAUGCAGAAUAUUUAAAAGUACUUUUAGUUUGCUAACAAGGAACUCAUAUAAAAUAAUAGCAUAGGGUUAUCACUGUCAGGCAAAACGGCACAAUCAGUGAUAUUCCUAUCAGGAAAAAUUAAAGAGUAUUUUAUUAACUCAUUUCUGCUCCCGUGUCUGGCAUACUUAACUGAAUGUUGUCAAAUUUUGCAAAUACACUUUAUUCCAGAAAUUUUCUAUGUCCAGCACCAAGAGUUAAGGAUAUAUUGUUGUUGAAGAAACAUGAUAAUAUCCUAUGUUCGUGUCUAAAAGUCUUCCGCACUUAGAAACACAUAAACUCCCAGAGAAUCUAUUCAGUUAUGUAGAAGCAUCCAUUUAAUAAGGAAUUAUGACAUCUAAACAAUAGUUUUUUGUUCAUGGGAAGGAUUUUUUUUUUUUUGAGACAGGGUCUUGCUCUGUCACCCAGGCUGGAGUGCAGUGGCGCAAUCACAGCUCACUGCAACCUCCACCUCCCCGGCUCAAGUGAUCCACCCAUCUCAACCUGUAGCUGGGACUACAGCGGGUGCCACCACACCUGGCUAAUUUUUAACUUUUUUUGUAGAGAUAAGGUCUCGUUAUGUUGCCCAGGCUGGUCUCUAACUCAUGAGCUCAAGUGAUCCUCCCACUUCGGCCUCCCAAAGUGCUGGGAUUACGGAAGUGCGCCAACACACCCUGCAAGGAAGGACUUUUUAAGUGAGCUGAUCUGAUCUGGCCUACAUUCUUAGUGUAAAUAUAACCUGUUAAGUAAGGCCUUCUUAUUUUCAUCUUGUUAUCAGGAAUAUGCCUUUUCAGAUUUGUAUAUUUCUUGCUUUUUUUCUUUUUGAGACAGGGUCUGACUCUGUCACCAAGGCUGGAGUGGCGCAAUCGUGGCUCACUGCACCCUCGACCUCCUGGGCUCAAGCAAUCCUCCUGCCUCAGUCUCUCAAGUAAUUGGGACUACAGGUACAUGCCACCACGCCCAGCUAAUUUUUUUUUUUUUUUUUUUUUUUGAGAUGGAGUCUCACUCUGUCGCCCAGGCUGGAGUGCAGUGGCACAAUCUCGGCUCACUGCAAGCUGCUCCGCCUCCCGGGUUCACGCCAUUCUCCUGCCUCAGCCUCCCUAGUAGCUGGGACUACAGGCGCCCACCACCACGCCCGGCUAAUUGUUUUGUAUUUUUAGUAGAGACGGGGUUUCACCGUGUUAGCCAGGAUAGUCUCGAUCUCCUGACCUCGUGAUUCGCCCAUCUCGGCCUCCCAAAGUGCUGGGAUUGCAGGCGUGAGCCACCGCGCCCGGCUCCAGCUAAUUUUUUGUAGAGAAAAGGUCUUGGUAUAUUGCCCAGGCUGAUCUCAAACUCCUGGGCUCAAGCAGUCUCCCUGCCUUGCCCUUCCAAAGUGCUGGGAUUACAGGUGUGACCCACCACACCCUGCCAGUUUCCUGCAUUUUUAACAGGACGAUACCACAGGUGCAAAGAAAAUGAGAAAUAAAAGAUAAAAGGCAACUUUGCUGAACAAUUUAUUUUUAGCUUUCAUAAUGUUUUUCAUUUAAGCCUUCUUAUUACCAAACCACUCAUACUGCUCUAGCUAUCUUAAAUAUAUAUCUCUCUAUAUUAUGUAUCUAUAUAGAUAAUAUAUUUAUGCAUAUCCAUAUAUACGCACAUAAAAUAUGAUAUACACAUACACAUAUAGAAAAUAAGACAGCAUUCCAUUGCCCAUUUUGCUUGUAAUUAUGUUUCAAAUAACAACGAAGUUUUUGGCAGGGAUGGUGGGAUGACUGUCUUUCCUUAUUUUUGCUUGCAUUAAAAAAUUAAUUCAAACUAGCAUUUCUCUCUUUUUUCCUCAGACAAAUCCAUCACUUAGGUGUCACUGGGGAGGGGACAGGAGAGAGCAUCUAAUGCUUAGAAAAAUGCUCUAAUAUAGUCAUAUUACCAUGAAGAAAAAUAAACAGGCCAGGCGCAGUGGCUCAUGCCUGUAAUCCCAGCACUUUGGGAGGCCAAGGCAGGAGGAUAACCUGAGGUCAGGAGUUCGAGACCGGUCUGGCCAACAUGGUGAAAC